AUGUUGGACAAGAAGCCGAAUUCGACAAAAGUGACGCAAACGUCGGAUCUUACUACGGACGACGAGGACGACGAAGAGGAGGAGGAGUUAGAACAGGUCGCGGACGAAGACACGGACCCCCUGGCUGACCGGGAGUUGGUGCAGAAGCUGACGGACGCGUUGCAGACAUCGCAGAAGCUGUUGACAACGGUGCGGAGCGAGUUGGCAACGGUUGCGAAGAAGGUGGUGGCCGUGGACACGGAGAUGAAGAAGGAGGCCGCGGAGAGGGCGAGUGAGGCGGAAACGGGGGUGACAAUAAAGUUGUACGAGCCGGGGGCGACGGCAGUGCCGAGUGGUGCGGCGAAGAAGAGUGAGGGGGGUUCGGAGGAGCCGAUAUUUUCUUUGUAUCCGGAGACAUCGGUUACGCCGGUGAUUUAUACGCAGCCUGCGGUACUGGAGGAGGCGGCGGGAGUGUUGAAUCAGGCGGAGAAUUGCGCGUUGGAGGAUAUGACGUAUAAGUUUCAGUAUGUGAACGAGCAGUUUCGGAGUAGUGCAUCCUUGAGUACGAUCCGGAGUAUGUUGGGAUUUUUGGAGAGCAACAUUCGGAGUCAGAAGGAGUACCUUGAGGCUUCUGCAGCGGCGGUGUCGAAGGUGAUGGUUCAAGGCGAGGAUGCACCAGGUGCACGAUGA